AUGGCUCUCUCACACAUCCAACAUCCUCUGUUCCAGCAACCACACGGCACCCGACACCCAGCGAGCUCACUGCAGCACAACACUCUCUCAGGUCCAGCUGCGUCUCCGCCCCGCCUCAUUCCCCUCUCGCUCGGUCUCUGCGGCUGCGAGCCCGGACGGCUUGAUCGUUUGCAACAAUGGUCCAGGUUUACCACAAGACACAUGAAUAGUGUUGUCACCGUCACCCACCAUGAGACGGCUCACCCGCUCUCCCCGUCGGCUCCUCUGUGCCACCCACCGUCUGACGCGCUCCGCAGCUCCGAACCACCACCCACCGGACUGCUCGCCUUCUUCCUCCGGUAUCCCAACCCGUUUGCACGACAUGUUCUCUCCGUCGACGUCCUGGAGCGCACCGUCGACCCCAAGACGGGCAGGAUCAAGACCACACGCCUGAUCCUGAAGCGCGGCGUGGUCCCACAAUGGGCGUCGAAAUGGCUUCCGUCGGCUGCCGCCAGCGGCGGCCGUGGGCUGGACGCUUGGGUGCUCGAGGAGAGCGUCGUCGACCCGCCAGGAUGGGGCGGCGACCAGGGGCUCAAAGACGACUACUACGCCCAGCCGAGGUUGCGGAUGCACCAGGGCAACUUGAGCUUUAAGAAGUUCAUGCACGUCAUUGAGGGAGCCGAGCUGUGUGCUGGGCCCGGAGGGUCAACACUGCACCACACCACGGCCGAGGUGCGCUCCCAGUUUGGCGGCCGGUGGUCGCAGAUCCUGCGUAACAGGAUCGAAGCGUACGGCGUCGGCAAGUUUGAGGGCAAUACCGAAAAGUCGCGCAAGGGCAUGUCCCUCAUCCUCGACAUGCUGAGGAAUCGCAGCCAGGGCGACAUCAAAGAGCCAUGA